AUGAAUAAACCGCAACUGCAUCGCCGGAGAUCGGGAUCUGUUUCUGCCGUUAUUCGAUCCAGCAGUGUCAGCAAUUUCGGCGGUGGUUCUAAUUCUAACCGUUUCAUGAUGAGGAACAGUAGGUCACUUAAUUAUUAUAAGUUGAGAGAGCAUUCUUCGAGUUUUCCGAUAUCGAAAGCGCCGGAAGUUGUCCGUGAUUCUUCUGUCAGAAGCGUUGCGUCAUCGGAGGGAGUAGCGAAGAAAGCAAUGAAGCCGCGAUGGUAUUCUCUCGUAUUUGGGAAGAUGAAGGUUCCACCGGAGAUGGAACUCAACGAUAUUAAGAAUCGGCAGGUUCGUCGGAUUUCUUCGAAAAGCAUGUUUCUAUCUUCGGAUUCCGGUGAAAAUUUGAACGUGAAUCGGAGCUCCGGUAAGGUGUCAUGGAAAAUACUGAAAGCGCUGAGUUGUAAGGAUCACAACAGCGUUUCCGUAACGAUGUCGUUCUCUUUGCCUCAAGCGUCGUCGUAA